GUGUCUACGUGAAUAGACAUAAGCGACCAGAUGUUGUUGCUUAUCAUCAAAUCUUUCUUGAGAAAAUUGCGCAGCUUGAUCAACUUAUAUCUAAGUGGCUUGACCAAGAUUGUAGGAUAAGAACUUUUCCGCAGCUAAAUGAUGAUGAAAAAGAGCAUGUAUGGGUAACUCAUAAUGAAAAAUUGGGACCUAGUAUGCAUAUAAGUGACUUUCUAACAGAAACAAUAGAGCCUCUUAAAGAUGAUCAGGAAGAAGCACGAGUUAUGAUGGUAUUGGGGUGUGUAGGUUUAUUUGCCUUCAAUAAUGUCACUUCACACAUGGCUUUUGUUGAGGACGCUCUUGUCGCCUCUAAAAUGAAUCUUAGUUCAGGUGGUUCUGCUCCAAAAAUGAGAGAUACAAUAUGGAACAAUAAUCAUCAAUCGAUGAUUAUUGAAGAAGAUUAUUUUAUCUAUGAUAAAAAAAAAAAAAAAAUAUUAAUUUAUGUGGUCAACCUAAAGCAAGACAGGCUAGUGUUAGAGUGUGCUUUGUGCAAGAAAAAAGAAGCAGAUCUCGAUAAUAUUAACUGUUAUGUACGUCAAUUAAUGGCCCACCAACCUGACUUCCUUGCAGAGCGUGGUCAAAUUCAAAAAGAAAUAGAGUCUAAAGGACAUAAAAUUAUAUUCUAUCAUAAGUUCCACCCUGAAUUCAAUUACAUCGAAAUGUACUAG